GAUAUUGAGGGAUAUUUCAUAUUAAAUGCUUGGGUUGGAUGCUUGGUGAGACCUUAUACUGGGUUGAAUCUAUAUAAACAAAUCUCUCUGGCUCAUUUUAGGGGCCAGAAACAUUCCUUGAUCAAAAUCCAUUGCUAAUUUCCCUAUAACCUGGACAAGCAACUUGUUUGCAGGAAAUGGAUUGGAUGGAUCCUAUUUCUGUGUUGUUCCUAUUUGUCCUUAUACUUGCAUUCCUUUGGGAAAGGAGCAAUUCAUGGAAGAGCAGUAGCCAAAAGCUUCCACCAAGACCAUGGACAUUACCACUCAUUGGAAGCCUCCACCUCAUGGAUCCGAAGAGGCCUUACAGAACCAUGUUCAAGUUAUCUAAACGGUACGGCCCUGUCUUCAGCAUCCAACUGGGAUUCCAGAAAAUGGUCAUUCUGGCAGGCUACAAGACUGUGAAGGAGGCUCUGGUGAACCAGGCAGAUGCCUUUGCAGACAGGCCCAUGGUCCCAGUGUUUGAAGACUUUGAUCAUGGCCAUGGUAUUAUUUUUUCUAACGGUGAGAACUGGAAAGUGAUGAGGCGGUUUGCAAUAAGCACGUUAAGGGACUACGGGAUGGGCAAGAAGACCAUAGAAGACAAAAUCGUUGAGGAGUGCCAUUUCCUAAUACAGAAGUUUGAAUCUUUCGAAGGAAAACCAUUUGAGACUACUACAGUCAUGAAUGCUGCUGUUGCCAAUAUUAUAGUGAUGAUCUUACUCGGCAAGCGAUUUGAAUAUGAAGAUCCCACAAUUUUAAGAUUACUGAACUUGGUCAAUGAAAAUGCCCGGCUCGCAGGAAGUCCCUCAGUCAUGAUGUACAACAUAUUCCCUGCUCUGGGUUUUCUUUCUGGUGGUCGCAAGACUGUUCUUAAGAACAGAGAUGAGCUAUACGCCUUCUUACAGGCCACCUUCAUAGAACACCUCAAAGAACUGGACGUGAAUGACCAAAGAAGCUUCAUCGAUGCCUUCUUAACUCAACAGCAAGAGGAAAAGAACAAGAGCCUGAGCAAUGGAUUUUUCCAUAAUGAAAACCUAAAAAUUGUUGUGGCGAACUUAUUUGGUGCUGGCAUGGAGACCACUUCGACUACCUUGCGUUGGGGCCUGUUGCUGAUGAUGAAGUACCCUGAAAUUCAGAAGAAAGUGAAAGAAGAAAUAACAAAGGUCAUCGGGUCCGCUGAGCCACGAAUUGAGCACCGAGCAAAACUGCCCUUCACGGAUGCUGUGAUUCAUGAAGUUCAGAGGUUUGCUAAUAUUGUCCCUACCAAUGUGCCACAUGCCACCACUGCAGAUGUCACUCUUGGAGACUACUUCAUCCCAAAGGAAACAUAUAUCCUUCCAUUGCUGUACUCAGUGCUGUACGAUGAAUCCGAGUGGGAGAAACCCUUUAAGUUCUAUCCUGAGCACUUCCUUGAUUCCGAAGGAAAGUUUGUCAAGAGAGAUGCCUUCCUGCCUUUCUCUGCAGGUCGGCGAGCAUGUGCCGGAGAGACCCUGGCCAGAAUGGAACUCUUCCUCUUCUUUACGAGUCUCCUGCAGAGAUUCACUUUCCAGCCAGCCCCCGGGAUGUCGAAAGAAGACCUGGAUCUGACCCCUGCAGUUGGUUUCACAACGCCUCCCAUAGCCUUCAGGAUUUGUGCUUUGCCACAUUCUUAACAUCCAAGCAUGCUUAGCUUCCCUCUGUAAA